AUAUUAACCAUUAACCCAGGCCAGGCCCCUUGGCCAGCCCUGCCAAAGCCUUUCCACCAUUCCGACCGUACCUAUACCCGUACAGCUUCCAUCCUGCACCCGGCAUCCCGCACUGCCCAUCCUGCAUCCCGCACUGCCCAUCCCGCACCCCGCACCGCUCAUCCUGCAUCCCGGACUAGCCCAUCCUGCACUGCUCAUCCUGCACCCCGCACCGCCCAUUCUGCAUCCCGCACUGCCCAUCCUUCAUCCCACACUGUCCAUCCUGUAUCCCACGCUCCGCAUCUCGCUCCCCGCACCGCCCAUCCUGCCAUCUCGCACCUGCAUCCUGCACCGUCCAUCCCGCACCCCACAUCCUACACCCCGCAUCCUGCACCGUCCAUCCCACACCCCACAUCCCGCAUUCCACACCCCGCACCCCACAUCCUGCAUCCCGCUCCCCGCCCCGUGCACCCCGCACCCGCCGCGGCCCCGCCCCGCCGCAGCCCCCCGGGCGGGCGGGCGCGCGCAGGAACAUGGCGGGGCAGGGCGGGAGCAGCGCUGGAGGCCGCGGCGUUGUGAUUUCAGACAAUUGGCCUGGAUACAGUCUGGAUUUGUUCACUUAUCCUCAGCACUACUAUGGUGACCUGGAAUAUGUGCUCAUUCCUCAUGGCAUUAUUGUUGACAGGACAGAACGACUGGCAAAAGAUAUUAUGCAAGACAUUGGAGACAAUGAUAUAGUGGUUCUCUGUGUCCUCAAAGGUGGCUACAAGUUCUGUGCUGAUCUUGUGGAGCACAUUAAAAAUCUCAGCAGAAAUUCAGAAAGGUUCAUCUCCAUGAAAGUCGAUUUUGUUAGACUGAAAAGUUACCACAAUGAUCAAUCUAUGCAAGAUAUGCAGAUAAUUGGAGGAGAUGAUCUUUCAAAGCUGACUGGCAAGAAUGUUCUAAUUGUGGAGGAUAUUGUUGGAACUGGAAGAACCAUGAAGGUUCUGCUUAACAAUAUAGAAAAAUACAAGCCAAAAAUGAUUAAAGUGGCAAGUUUGUUGGUGAAAAGAACAUCUCGGCCUGAUGGGUACAGACCAGAUUAUUACGGAUUUGAAAUUCCAGAUUUAUUUGUGGUAGGUUAUGCCUUAGACUACAAUGAGCACUUCAGAGAUUUAAACCACAUAUGUGUUAUCAAUGAUCAUGGCAAAGCAAAAUACAGAGUCUGAAGCAGUAACAUCCACACCUGAAUAUUUCUGUGAAGCAGAAAUUUGACUACACUCCCUCAAGCAUCUCCCAGAAAAGCAAUUCAGCUGGCUUGUGUGUCUUUCAACUCAGUUUAAUAAGGGCUUCACUCUAGAGAUGCUGAUGAAUAUUUACAGAAGUGAGAAGUCUUAUCUAAAAUGUGAAGCAUAGGAAUUUUACAGUCGCUACCUUUAUUAAAUAUUAAAAUCACCCACCUAAGAUGCCUUUUGACAAAUAACUUGUCUGCCUCAGGUCUCAUUGUGAACACAUCUUCUUUUUUUGCUCAGUUCUUCAUUCUACCUAUUGCAAUUCAUGGACUUUACUGUGUCACACAAAAUAGUUCAAAAGUGUCAUUCUGUACAUGAGGAUUAUUUUACAAGACUUUAUUGACUUCAUCAUGCAAAAUUGAAAGCAUUAUUUUGACUUAAUUCCACAAUUCAAAAGUUUCAGUGGAAGUUCUGUGUUGUUUUGCAGUUCAUUACCCACUCUUCAAAACAAAAUUUUAGCUCUCAGAAUGUGCUGAAUUAGAGUGCAGGUCAAAAUGAUCCUUUGCAAGACACUGUUGAUCCAGAAUUGGAAGAUAUCAUGGUUCUGGUGUGUCAUGUAGCCAUAGAUCUGACCUGUUUAAUGUGCUGAAUUUUAAUCAAGACAAACCAAUGCCAGGCAGGUUUGAAUUUCUGCAUGAUGUCCCUUUCUUCUCUAGGAUACAAACAAAUAUAAAUAUUAACAGUGCUCUCCUGAGAUUAUAGUCUUAACUAAACCUCAUUAAGCACAAAAGUUUAAUGUUAGUCAGACAAUUAAUCAGUUAUUAUUUGAUUUUUUUAAUGUGUCUAAGUAGAGACUUUUUGUAACCAUCUGUCAUGGAGAAUACAGGUCUGACAAUGCUGAAGGCUUGUAUAGAAAAAGAAAGAAAAAUAUAUAGGACAACAUAGAAAACCAGUUAAUGCAUGAGUGUUGUAGACUGUAGACUCCUUCCUUUAUAGAUCAUGUUUGAAGAAAUUUGUGAAUUUUAUAUACUGUAUUAGCUGUGAAAAGUUUAAUUCUGUAUUAAAUAUUAUAAGUGUUCUUAACAAUUUCCUGAGGGAAACCAAUGCAAAGUGAGUAGCUGUAUCAGUAGCUUUGCUCUGAACUGUGAGAGGAAGAUUGUUACUAGCUGCAGAUUCCUAUAAACUAAUAAAGAAACAUUAGAAAUACUUA